GUGCUUCGAAAAUUAAUCCAUCAGAGCAACUCACUACUCAAACAUGUACACCAAGGUCGUCAUCUUCAUGUGCGCGGCGGGCAUUGCCUCCGCUGGCAACUUGCUCCAUGCUCCCAUCGCUUACAGCGCCGCUCCGGCCGUGUCCUCGGUCUCAUACUCGACCCACGCUGCACCGAUCACCUACGCCGCCGCACCCGCUGUAACCACAUACGCCGCCUCCCCAGUCAUCGCUAAGACCUUAGCCCCAUCCGUCUCCUACCAAUCUAUUUCAACCCACUCAUCCCCGGCUCUCUACGCUAAAACAAUCGCAACUCCCGCCGUUGCCACUUACGCCGCUCCUGUCCUUUCAAAGACCAUCUCUCCAGCGGUAUCCUACUCAUCAGUGGCACACAGCCCUGUGUACGCUACCAGCCCAUUGGUUGCCAAAACUUACGCUGCACCUGUUAUCGCUAAAUCCUACUCGCCUGCCGUAUCUUACUCCUCGGUGUCCUCUCACUCUUCUCCAGUCGCGUACUCCGCUCCUUUGUUGACCAAGACGAUUGCGGCCCCAGCUGUUGCAACUUACGCUGCCGCCCCUGCCUACUCUGCAUACUCUACGGUUCCCGCUCUGAAGACCGCCGUCACUUACUCUGCUGCGCCCGCCGUCUCGCACGUCACCUACACAGGUCUCGGCGCUAGCUACGGCUGGUAAACUACCAAAAAAUAUGUUACUUAUUUAUUGAACAAAUCCGAAAAUGAUGUUUUAUAGCGAAUAUUGUUUUUAUGUACUGCAAUAAAA